UGUCCCCUAGGAGCCACCCUCCGGGAGGGAGCCUGCGGCCCAGCAGCUGCGUACACACUCCGCCCACAGCGGGGAGCUCAGGGAGCGCAAGGUCAAGUGCGCGUAGACCCCGCCCCCCCAGCGUGGGGGCGGGGAGGGCUAGCCCAGGACAGUUGGUCCCAGCCCCUGGACAGUACGGGCCCCGAGGCGGCCCUGCGUUGGGACACCAGGAGCGAUCCCUACCGACCUGUCCUCCAGCGCGGGCCCAAGUUCAGCCCGACAGAUCCCCAGUCCCUGUCGCUGCGGGUGCCACUGCGGAGCCUCGCGACUCGCAGGAAAGCAGGGUGGCCACUGCAUUGGGCGCAGACACGCCUGAAAAAAUGAAGAGCCGAAUCCCCGUGGUGCUCCUGGCCUGCGGCUCCUUCAACCCCAUCACCUACAUGCACCUGCGUUUAUUUGAGGUGGCCAGAGACCAUCUGCACCAAACAGGAAUGUACCAGGUGACCCAGGGCAUCAUCUCACCUGUCAAUGAUGACUAUGGGAAGAAGGACUUGGUGGCUUCUCAACACCGAGUGGCCAUGGCCCGGCUGGCCCUGCAGACAUCAGACUGGAUCCGGGUGGACCCCUGGGAGAGCGAGCAGCCACAGUGGAUGGAGACGGUGAAGGUGCUGAGGCACCAUCACAGCCAGCUGCUCAGAUCUCCACCCCCGAUGGAAGGCUCGGACCCUGGCCAGGAGCCCUCAGCACCCACAGAAAGGAAAAUAUGUAUCGCGGCUGUGGCCCUGGCGCACUGCGUUGACUCUGACCUGCACACCUGAUUUCACAUUCCUUCCCAUUCCCUCGGGUUCUGUUUGCAUUUAGUUUGCCAGACUGUUUUGUUUAUUUUGCAAGAACAGAAAAACAGAGGUUUUGGCUCCUGGGUAAAUAGAAUUUCCAGUCUUAAAUAAAGGUUCUCCUGUGAUAGCAUUUGCUGCCCAAAUGAGAGGAGUGCCGUAUCCUUGCCUGGAGAGAGAAUUUUUCAUUUAUAAUCCUGUCUGUGUCACUUGGGACAGGAUGAUGUGAAAUCCCAUUUUAAACUGAUUGUGCUCCGGAUUUGCAAGGUACGUUUGGUAAUUGGGUUAAUACAUGAAUAUGAAUUUUCUUAUCCUGAUCUUCCUGCUUCCUAUAGGAGCGAUGUUUCUGCUCUUCUUUUUUUUUUUUUUUUUUGCAGAGGGCACCCUGCAAUUCAAUUCAGUCAUGAAGUUAUUUUCUUAGACCCAAACUGGGUAUUACAGCUACACACACAAGUGACUAAUACAUAAUCUACAAUAAUUCACCUAGACAUGAGCCUCAGAACAGUUUAGUACUGUUAAAGUAAAAGGAUUGUCCAUGGCACUAUAGACUAGAAGGGACCCUCAAUUUCAUCUGGUCUCCCGUUUUUCCAUUAUCAUGAAGUCCCACAAAUGAAUGGGAAUUUCGCUAUUAAAAACGACACCGAUGAUGCGUUCCACGGACAGAUUUGAGGAGCGCGGCUUUCCUUGCGCCUGUUGGAAGUCCGUGGUGUGCUUGAACAGCCCGUGGAUACUGCCUUCCAUAGCCCCUUACUACAAGGCCUCCCAGCCCAACCACCAUCUUCUCUUACUGCUGCUGCAGUGACCUAAUGGAAGUCCCCAACCCACUUCUGGCCCUGCAAUCCAUUCUCCACAUAAGAUCUGUGUGCAAAUCUGGUCACAUCACCUCACGACUCAAACUCCUUCUGGAAGGCACCAUUCAGACAAGGAAAAGACAGACUAGGAGGGAACAUUUGCAAAAUGCAUGUUUAGUAAUUUGUCUCCUGAAUAUGUAAAGAGCUCUAACAACAACAAAAAUAAGAUGAAUGAUCCAAUUUAAAAUGAGGUCUGCACCUACUAAUAGAAAAAGGAGGUCCAAAUCUCCAUCACAUCAGCUAAGGAACUUACUUCCUCAACAAGACUCCUAAAGUGCAAGAAGUAAAAUCAAGAAUCAAUAAAUGGGAUGGUAUCAAACUAAAAAGCUUCUUCACAGCAAAGGAAACAAGAACAUGAAGAGAGAGCCUACAGAAUGGGAGAAAAUCAUGUCACCUACACCUCAGAUGAAGCAUUAAUCUCCAGGAUCUAUAAAGAACUCAAAAAACUUAAAACCCAAUUAAUAAAUGGGCAAAGGAACUGAACAGAAACUUCACAGAGAAGA